CAGUCAACGACUCUCAGAACUCAGAUUUGAAGCAAAACAUCAAUCGGAGAAGGAAGAAAGAAAAGAUGGGAGCUUUAGGGAAGCUAAUCGACGUAGCUCUCUUCGUAUACUUUGUUUCAAUGGCGAUAAUUGCGCCGCUCAUCGACGGGCAAACCUCACUUCCUUCAGGAAUAUAUCCAGCGUUUCUCACCGAUCUGAAAAGCAAGUACAUUGCCGAUUUUGGAGAUUACUUGCUCAUGGAGAAGCCGCAUUUCCUAGUUGGACUCGUUUGGCAUGAGCUUCUGUUCUUAUGGCCGCUCUCCAUUGCUAACGUCUACGCCAUUCUUGCCGGAAAGUCGUGGUUUGGUACCACCUGCUUGUUGUAUGGAGCUUCCCUCGUCACUUCCAUGGCUGCAAUCCUAGGAGAUAUGAUAGGUUCAGGGAAGGCAUCUGAUCGAUUGCUAAUGAUGUAUGUGCCUUUCAUGGGUUUUGGGAUUCUGGCUGUUCUUCGUGGCUUAGUUUAUCGAUCCACCAAAAACACUGGAUCUUCUGGCAAGAGAUCCACUAUCAUGCCCAGAAGAAAGCUGGCCUGAGAUUCAAAAAAAAAAAAAAGCAGUUGAUUUUUCUCUCUGGAAGACUUACUCAUCCUUUUUCUGUAUAUGCCUAGAAAGAGGUGUUUAUUUUUCCUUGUGAAAACUUUAUUGCUUUCUGAUUUAUGUGGAAUUCUUGUUUGUUGACUCAGCAACAAUGAAAUGUUUACUUGGUUGAUAUAAAAUUCAUUCUUGACACUA